AUGAGGGACCCCACAGCAGAAAUGGAACCAUCUACCCAACCUCCCGCGACGAAUGGGUCGACUGAACCCCGUCGCAAUAAUAAAUCCGUUCGAGUUGCCUUCGGUCCAGAGUUGGAGACGACCAUUCCCACCCGCGAGCGAUCCCCAGCACCGAUAUCCAGCCACCAUCGCUCAUUCACAACCGUCGAACAGAAACACUCCUCUAUCGCAACCCCCGCUCGACCUACGAGUUCGGCCGGUGAGAACGCCGGCCUGGGACCAGAUGAGACGCCGCGACGUCCAUCCCCUCGCAGGUCGGAGAGCAGCCGACCGUCAAUGUUGAAGCGAGCAAAAAGUGAUUAUGGUCCCAGUCGGGUCACAUUUGACAAGCCUGCUGGAGAGGACGAGGAAGAUUUCGCCAUGCGACACGGAUGGCAAGAAGAAUAUACCUCAAGCGAAUAUCUCAAGAUUUUGCACUCGAAUUUUUACAUGUACUUUACCGAGAAACGACACGAGACAAACGGCAUUCCCCGAGACCCUGUGGGGAGCUGGCCGAGCCAGGACUGGAGAAUGAAAGAUCGGUUGAAGACCGUAUCCGCCGCAUUGGCAAUUUGCUUGAAUAUCGGUGUCGACCCUCCCGAUGUAGUAAAAACCAAUCCAACCUCAAAGCUCGAAUGCUGGGUAGAUCCCACCUCAACAACCGGUGGCGGACAGAACAAGAUCAUGGAGCAAAUUGGCAAAAAGCUGCAAGAGCAAUAUGAGACGCUGAGCCUUCGCACAAGAUACAAGCAGUAUCUGGACCCGUCAGUGGAUGAAACCAAGAAGUUCUGUAUCUCCCUACGUCGGAAUGCCAAGGACGAGCGAGUCCUUCUGCAUUACAAUGGCCAUGGAGUUCCAUUACCGACCCAGUCCGGUGAGAUAUGGGUCUUUAACAAGAACUACACACAGUACAUUCCCGUGCCUCUGUAUGACCUGCAAUCUUGGCUGGCUGGGCCAAGUCUGUUCGUCUUUGAUGUAUCGCAUGCGGGGAACAUUGUCCAAAACUUCCAUAGCUUUGUGGACAAGCAUGAGAAAGAAAACGUUGAAGCGAAAAAACGAGACCCCAACGCCAUAGUUCAAAAUUAUGGCGAUUGCAUUCUUCUGGCAGCAUGCCAGAAAAAUGAGUCUCUCCCGACCAACCCAGACCUUCCGGCCGAUCUCUUCACAUGUUGCUUGACGACCCCGAUUGAGAUUGCGCUGCGUUUCUUCAUCCUACAGAAUCCGCUACGCACUGACAUUUCGAUCGAUGACUUCAGAGUUCCAGGUCGCCUCCAAGAUCGGCGCAGUCCUCUUGGAGAGUUGAAUUGGAUUUUCACCGCAAUCACGGACACAAUCGCCUGGAAUACGCUUCCUCGUGCCUUGUUCAAGAAGCUUUUCCGGCAAGAUCUCAUGGUAGCAGCGCUGUUCCGCAACUUCCUCUUAAGUGAACGGAUUAUGCGUACGUACAAAUGUCAUCCAAUCUCUUCACCCGAACUCCCCGAGACCCAUCAUCAUCCUUUGUGGAAGAGCUGGGAUCUUGCUGUGGAAAUGGUGCUCGCACAGCUGCCCGCUUUGAUCGAUCAAGAAGAGGGUCGCCGUCAGUAUGAGUACCAGCACUCUACGUUCUUCGCCGAACAGCUUACCGCAUUUGAGGUUUACCUUUCAUCUGGACCUACGGAGAAAAAUCCUCCGGAUCAACUGCCUAUCGUCUUGCAGGUUCUUCUUAGUCAAGCACAUCGCCUGCGUGCAUUAAUCCUGCUGAGCAAGUUCUUGGAUCUGGGCCCAUGGGCGGUCCAUCUUGCCCUUAGCAUCGGUAUUUUCCCUUACGUUGUGAAGUUGCUCCAGUCUGCUGCCCAGGAAUUGAAGCCAGUUAUGGUUUUCAUUUGGGCGAGAAUCAUGGCCGUUGAUCACACCGUUCAGAACGAUCUUCUCAAGGAUAAUGGAAUUCACUAUUUCAUUUCCAUCUUGAAUCCCGCCUCGCCUAUUCCUGUUGGGAAUGCCAGUGAACAUCGAGCUAUGUGUGCGUUCAUCGUUUCCAUUUUCUGCAAGAACUACCCGCAGGGCCAGAAUGUGUGUUUAUCUGGUGAACUGUUUGACUCGUGCUUGAGACAUCUCGGUGACGUUGAGAACCCUUUGCUGCGACAGUGGUCAUGUCUGUGCCUCAGUAUGCUUUGGUGUGAUUUCCCAGAAGCCAAGUGGAUGGGCAUUCGAUGUGCAGCCCCCGCGCGUCUAUGCGAGCUGAACUUUGAUCCGGUUCCAGAGGUCCGCGCGGCAAUGUUGCAUGCGGUCACCACUUUCAUUGGCAUCCCUGAUUUGACAGACCAAGUUUCACAGAUCGAGGAGUCACUGGCCUUGGCAGUCUUGCCGAUGGCUGCUGACGGGAGUGUCAUUGUCAGAAAAGAGUUACUGGUGUUUUUCUCCACAUUUGUCAAACGCCACCAGAACAAGUUCUUAGUGGCAGCAUUUGAGGAGCUUCAGAAUGAGAAGCGGUCUCUGCAGCGUCGUCUCCAUGAUGCGUCUCCCGCUACUCAAGCAGAAUUCCAGAAGACCUCUUCAGAAUUCGAUUCGAAGACACUCCAGUUAUCUCGAAAUACUACUUUCGGCACUCUCUGGAAGCAGAUUCUGAUUAUUUCUGUCGACCCGCAUCCUGAAAUCGCCCAAGGUGCUGGUGUUAUUGUGGAUUAUAUUCAUCUGAUCCUCCUGGAGUCGCCGAUGGCGGCCCUCGCUGAUAAAGUCAGAAUCGAGAUUUUGGACCUCACCUACCGCUUGUCACACAAACUUCAGAUAACCGAACGUUCAGAGGCCAAGAAGAUAGCCCCCCCUUCCACGCCCCCAUCCUCCAGCACAGCCCUCUCUAAACAAGAGGGCUAUCUUUCACUUGGUUUCAAGCGCACUGCGAGCUACGCUGCCUCGCUUAGGAACCUCGCAUUUGGCUCAGGAUCCGGAGAUCCAUUAUCUGAAAGCAGUGCUCCUUCCUCUCCCACUAAGAGCCGUAUGCCCAUGACCCCUCGUGGCCGUGCUCCGCCCGAAUGGACACGACCUCCCGAAGUGAACGAUCACAUCGCUCCCGCUACCGCCUACCAACUGGCUCCCACGCCAACAUCGCGAGGUUUUCAACCAAUGGAUUCAGAGGGCGUUCCUCUCAUUCCCCUCAAGAGCAGAUUCCUAGACUGGUCAACCGAGUAUUUCCGAGAACCUCAGAUGAAACCCAACGAGCCUGACGAGCCUGGAAGCUCUGACUACAAUGAGCGCCUCUGGAGACGCGGUCGCAACGAAAAAAUCAUCGCAGAAACUCAACCUCUCAAGGGAAAGGCAGGUACAAGUCGAUGGGAUAAUUCCGUUGCAUUGUUAUCAAAUAGCAGCCAGCCUUGGAGGAUGUGUUUCCAUCAAUUUGAGGAUCACAUUGCAGUGGCAGACGACCGAGAUACGAUUGCUAUUUGGGAUUGGCAGAGUCACAGGCGCCUCAACCAGUUUUCAAAUGGAAACCCGGUCGGUUCCAAAAUCAACGAAGUUCGAUACAUCAAUGAAGAUGAUCAAGCCCUUCUGUUGACAGGUUCCUCGGACGGUGUGCUCAAACUGUUCCGCAACUACGAAUCUGCCCAGGGUAUCGAGGUUGUCACAGCAUUCCGGGCGCUGCCUGACCUUAUACCAAGCAAUCGCAAUGCAGGUCUCGUGCUUGACUGGCAACAAGGCCAAGGAAAGGCUUUGGUGGCCGGUGAUGUGAAGGUGAUUCGAGUAUGGAAUGCAGCUACUGAAGUCUGCACUAACGAUAUUCCCGCACGGUCCGGUUCAUGCAUCACGUCCCUGACCUCGGAUCAAGUGGCCGGCAAUAUCUUUGUCGCUGGCUUUGGUGAUGGUGCCGUUCGCGUCUUUGACCAGCGCUUAAAGCCUACCACAUCCAUGGUCAAAGUCUGGCGCGAGCACAAGCAGUGGAUCACCAACGUUCACAUGCAACGUGGUGGUUUCCGAGAGCUCAUCUCCGGCAGUCGCAAUGGUGAGAUUCGCCUCUGGGAUCUCCGUAUGAAUGAUGCGCUGUCUACUAUUUAUGCGACCAAAGAUACUCUCCGCACCUUGAGCGUUCAUGAACACGCUCCUGUCUUCAGCAUGGGUACAAACCGUCACGAGGUCAAGACGUUCAAUGUCGAUGGGACAUAUCUUUCCACUUUCGAACCGUAUUCCAGUUUCCUCCAUCACAACCGCGCGUCGCCCAUUGCCACAACUGCAUUCCACCCCCAUCGCACGAUGCUCGCAUGUGCAGCGCUCAAUGAUAAUCACAUCAAUCUUGUCUCCUGUUAG